AUGGGCAACGGAGAAACGCUCAAUGGGUACCGCACCAUGACGCUACAAGAAGCCCUCAACAUCGCCCGCGAGGCCGAGUCGCCCGUCGACCCGUCCGUCGAGUCCUUCCUCCAACGCGAGCUCCAGAACGUCUGGGCCAAGCUCCACGCCCAGCCCGACCACUACAUCUUCACCCGAGACGAGUUUGGCCUGUUCAAUUAUUUCCGCCAGCCCUCGACCAAUAACGAAAUUGCCACAAAGGCCGUCCAGCGCUUCUGGAACCAUUACCGACUCGACCCCCCAAACAGGGCCUGA